CUGUAGAAACUGCCCGCUCAGAACCUGCGCUGAACAGACUGUAAGACUGUCAAAAGGGAACAAUGUUAAAACAGUUACAACAAAUACUGUGGACCAGCAGAUGUGGGAGGGGCCAGGAGGAACAUAAAUCCUAAAGCCAGGUGAGGCUGUGCCUAUAUAGGAACAGGAAGCUGGAAACAAGGCUUUAGAAUAUACCUGAACUUCAAACGCCAUACAACUCAAAAAGCGCACCCGCAACUGGUAAUUACAUAGGAAUACACCAAAAUGUGGAUAUUGUUCCAAAUAGCAGCCCUGGCUGCUCUUUCCACCGCCCAGCAGGACUGCUCACGGGGGGCCUGCUACCCCCAGCCCGGUGACCUGCUCCUAGGCCGGGACAGCCAACUCCACGCCUCCUCCACCUGCGGACUGACUGGGACUGAGGUCUUCUGUACACCCUUAGGAGAGUGGAGGAUGAAAUGCUGCCCAUGUGAUUCACGGAACCCUAACGCACGGAACGCCCACACUCUCCAGAACGUCCUCUCCACCGCUGGGCCCGACAGGUGGUGGCAGUCCAGGAAAAAUGUUAAUCCGGUUAGCGUGCAGCUGGACCUACAGCACACAUUCCAGUUGGACACCCUGGUUGUGACAUUCAAGGGACCACGCCCCACCGCCCUGGUGAUUGAGCGAUCCACAGACUUCGGACACACCUGGGAGCCAGCCCUCUACAUGGCCUCCGACUGCCAAUCGACCUUCCCCCACGUCAGCACUUCCCUGCCCCAAAACCUUGAGGGAACCUACUGCCACCCGCUGCCAUCCAUCACCACCAACCCAUAUCUGGACCAGACUAUCCAUUUCAGUCCCUUGCGCCAGUUUGCCUCAGUGGACACCUCCCAGAGCCGGAAGAUCGAGGCGCUGUCUGACUACACCAACCUCCGGGUGAACCUCACCCAGCUGGCGGAUGUGUCCCGCCUGCCUGGCCGCUCCCCCAGCCUCUUCUACGCCAUCAGGGAGAUGCAGGUGCUGGGCUCCUGCUUCUGCCACGGCCACGCCAACCGCUGCCUGCCAGACACCUCUGACAACCAGCUGCCCUACACACAGGUGAACACUGUGUGUGAGUGCCAGCACAACACUGCGGGAGUGAACUGUGAACGCUGCGCGGACCUGUACAACGACCUGCCCUGGAGGCCCGCCGAGGAGGGCCAAACGCACACCUGCAAACGUUGCGAGUGUAACAACCACGCCCAGAGCUGCAGGUUUGACCCCGUGCUGUUUGAGUCCAGCGGGCGGGUGAGUGGGGGCGUGUGUGAGGGGUGCCAGCACCACACCACCGGGCCCCGCUGCGACCGCUGCGCCCCCAACUUCUACCGCAACCCCAGGAGCACCAUCGACCGCCCGGACGCCUGCCUGCGCUGCCAGUGCAACGUGGUGGGGGCUGAGGGUGGCGCCGAGUGCGACCCGGACACGGGGGCAUGCCGCUGCAAGGCCAACGUGGAGGGCCCGCACUGCGACCGCUGCAAGAGUGGAUACUACGGCCUGAGCGCCGCCAACCCCCUGGGCUGCACCAAGUGCUCCUGCAAUUCAGAGGGCUCCCUGUCGAACUCCUGUGACCCUGUGACCGGCCAGUGCCCCUGUCGCCCCAAUGUCCAGGGGCUUUCCUGCGACCGCUGCGCCCCCAACUACUGGAACCCCUUCUCUCCCCGUGGCUGCGAGCCCUGCAACUGUGACCUGACCAACUCCCUCAGCCAAACCUGCGACCAGACGACCGGUCAGUGUCAGUGUCGACCAGGAUUUGGGGGACGGACCUGCAGCGGAUGCCCUGAAAACACUUACGGUGACCCACGCAGAGUUUGCCGGCCUUGUAAAUGCGAGCGCAGUGGCACGGCGAGCUGUGACAAGCGGACAGGAGAGUGCCAGUGUCUGCCGGGCGUGACGGGCUCCCGCUGCGACUCCUGCGCCCGCGGGCACUGCAACAGCUACCCCAACUGCCCCAUCUGCCCCUCCUGCUUCUUCACCCUGGACCGCCAGAUCCAGGACCUCACCCUCAGCCUGGAACGACUUCAAGCCCGUGCCUCCGCCCUGCCCGGCACCGCCGAACUGGACCUGGGCCCCCGCAUCCGGGCCCUGGAGGCCAGCCUCACUCAGAUCCGGGAUGUCCUGCCCCUUCCAGUCCCAUCCUCCAGCCUGAUCACGGAGGCCCUGGAAGAGAUGCGCAGGCUCAGGGAGCAGGCCAACGGACUGAACCCAGAACCUUUCACUCCGGGUCAGCUGCCUGCGCUGAUCAGGCAGCUUGCUGAUCUCAGCGCCCAGCUGCAGGGCCUCAACGAGGAGUACCACGCCAAGCGAGCCAGCCUGACAAACGUCGUGACCUCUGACUUUAAAGGUGCCUACUCCACCAUCCAGAAGGCGUACCGGGAUUCGACGGACGCGGUGAAGGGCGCGGAGGCCACCCGGCCCGUGCUGGAGCGGUCCGAGGAGGCCCGGGGCGACGCGCUCACUUUGCAAGGAACGGUCCAGCUGGCCAACACCAGGGACCUGGACAGCCUGGACUACCGGCUGGCCUCCCAACCCGACCUCACCCCCGCCGCAGUGCAGGUAUGCGGAAGCACUCGCUCCACCCCCUGCACUCCUCUGAAGUGUGACGGACAGCUGUGCCCCGCCCCUGGGGCCGCCUCCUGUGUAGAGGGCAGGAGCUGCGUGGGAGCAUUGCCCCUUGGGAACAAGGCCCUGGCAGACACCGAGGAGGUCAAAGCCAGGCUGCAGGAGCUCAACGACAAGAUCACAGGGGCUGCGACACAGAUCCAAGAGACACAGGACUCUGCCAAUCACGUGAGGCUGACCGCAGAUAAUCUGGCCAAUCAGACUAAACAGGCUCGGAAUGAACUUGAGUCAGACUUGGAGGACAUCCGGGGGUUUGUCCAGAAGCUGAGGAAAUUCCUGCAAGAUCCCACCGUUGACCCGUCCGAGAUCCAGAAGGUGGCUGAGGGGGUCCUGAACACCAAACUGCCCCUCAGCCUGGCCACCCUCAAGAGGAAGAUCCAGGAAAUGCGUGAGCUGGCGGCUGGCCUGCCCGACAGCACGCGCCUCCUGGCCAGCACCACUCCACAGCUUGACCUGGCCCGCCGGCUCUUAGAGGAGGCCCAGAACGCCAGGGACACGGCUCUGGGAGUGAAGGACAGAGUCGACGGCCUGCUGGGCGACCUGAGCAGCGCAGAGACCUCCGUCGAGGACGCCGAGUCCAAGAUCCAGGAAAGCCUGGGCAUCGUGGAUACCAUCAACAGCAACAUCAAAGAGACUACAGCUCAGCUCGGCCCUGCCCAGAAAGCUCUGGAGGGAGUGGCAGACCUGACAGCCGCCAUGCGGCCGCAGCUGGAUGAUCUGAAGGCUCUGGUGGAGAGCAGCGGCCUGCUGGCCGAACAGGCCCAGGAUGACGCAGUUGCUGCCAAGGAGAAGGCAGAUGCAGCAGCCAAGGGCCUGGAGGCUGUAGAGGACCAGCUGGAGCUCCUGAAGCAGAAGGCGAAGGAGUCCAGUGGCAGGGGGGACGGCGCAGGCUCCCCCGGGGACAGAGUGCAGCACCUGCAGGAGGAGGCGGGCACUCUCAUACAGGAUACCGUGGACAUGAUGAGGAGACUGACAGGUGUGGAGGAGUCCCUGCAGCUGAUGUCAGACCAGCUGGAGCAGAAGUCUCAGAGGAUGACCGGCCUGGACGAGAGGCUGCUGACCAUCCUGAACGACAUUCGCCAGAGGGGCGAGCGCCUGGCAGCUUGCACCUGAGCAAGCAAUACCCUGUGCUUCACGCGGCUGACCCUGGAUCAGUGAUCAGCAUAGUGCAGUUCAUUUAACCGUCUGACCGCUGAUGAAGGAUCAGUUGAGGGAACAAGGGAGUGGUCUGGAAUGUACCACAGCUCUAGAGACCCAGUUAUACAGCAAACCUUUAUUUAUUGGUUAUUUAUAAUUUAUCUCUGUUUCUACCUGAGGAGUGUGCAUCGUCCUGUCCUGGAGACAUAAAAUUCAACAAUUUUCCAAGGCCUCUGUCACAAGAUUAGUAUGGACGAGAGUUAAAGUUAUCAAAUCAAACAAUAAUAGCAGUAGCUGACCUAGCUAUGCCUCAGACACGUUCUGGACCUGCAGCUUCAAGGUUGGAUUUGAAUAUAUAUCAUUAGGUAUUAAUGAAGCCAGGUAUCCCAUGGGUCACAGCUACUGAAUGAAAUAUGACUCCAAAUUCAGGACUGACAUAUCUCCAGUACUGAACUUUACAACACUCCUGGCCUAAUUUGGCACAAAAAACUUCAACAUGUUGUGAUGCCAGUCAAAGUCACAGAGGGUAGAGGUGAUAGACUGAUGACAGAUGUUUAUCUGAUGGUGAUAUGUUAGACUUUUUGGCAUUUUAUAGUCUUAUCAUUGAAUCAGUCUUCUAAGCGUUCACUUCUCAGCCUGUGUCCAAACUUGUCAA